AUGCUGGCUCAAGUCAUUCUAGUAGCAGCGAAUUUGCUUUGGUAUAAAUCAAUGCGGAUGGUUAUAUAAAUAAAUCACAAUAGGUAAUAUAUAAUUAAUAAGUUAAGGAGCCAUAAAGCUGUCAAUUUCAAGUUGAGAAGGUAAAACCAGAAUUAAGUUUGA